GUCUCCUGGGACGAGAAGCGGACGCAUGGCAGCAGCUUUGGUUCUGGGGGUCCUCCUGUGCACGGCAGGUGUCCCAGCUACAGUCGGACAAACAGUUUGUGGCUUGCAGCCUGCUGUGACUACACGCAUCCUAAAUGGCCAGGCAUCACAACCCGGACGUUGGCCCUGGCAGGUCAGCCUGAGAUACGGCCGCACUCAUAUCUGCGGAGGAAGCGUCAUCGCCAACCGCUGGGUGCUGACUGCGGCCCAGUGCAUUUUGCAGCCUUUUCAGAACCAGUAUGAUCUGGAGCCGUGGGAGGUCCACCUGGGCAUUCAUGUCCUACAGGGAGAGAACACCGGGAUGGUCAGGAGCAAGGUGCGCCGCCUCAUCCCCCAUGAAAAGUACAACAAAAGCACCACGGAGAACAACAUCGCGCUCAUCGAGCUGGAGCAACCCGUGCCCUACAGCCAUCUGAUCCAGCCAGUGUGCCUCCCAAAGAGUGGGCACACCUUCCAGCUCAACGGCACCUGUUACGUGUCUGGUUGGGGGGCAGUGGGUGACGGUCAAGAGCCGCUCCCCUACCCUGGCAUCUUGCAGGAGCUCAGAGUGCCUCUUGUCGGCCCCCGGAAAUGUGGCUGCUUGUACCGCCUGCCUUCUCAACUUUCUGGUCAACCAGUCAACAUCACAGACGCCAUGAUCUGCGCUGGCUUCCAGGAGGGAGGCAGUGGCGCGUGUCAGGGAGGCAAUGGGGGCCCGCUGGUAAGCCGCCGGCAGACGGAUGGCUCCUGGGUCCAAGCCGGGAUUGUCAGCUGGGGUGUUGGAUGUGGAAUACCAAACAAGCCGGUGAUCUACACUCGCGUCUCAUCCUCCACAGCGUGGAUCCAGAAGAUGACCAAUAUAACCAUCGAAGAAGAAAUCAAAUCUGUGGUGGGCUCAGGAGUGGUCCGCUUGCAGAAACCUGGUGCUCUCCUGGCUUUGCUCCUACUGCUGAUUUCCUUCAUCCUCUCCCUGAACUACUGCCACUUGGCGUUGAUAAUUUCUGCCAAAGCGAUUCUUCUGGUCGGCUAUGACCUCUCAUUUGUUCUCCAGACGUUUCAGAUUCGGGCAGCUGUGCCUUCCUCUUCAUCGGGCAGGCUGGGCCAUUUGAUCGUCCGAAUCACAAAGAUGAAGCAUUUAGCGUUAGCAGCUCUCCUCUGGAGACUCUUUUGGGCUUCUACUGCAGAACAGAAUGAAAGCCUGCAAAGCAGCGGAGGUGGGACGCCGACACCAACUCCUGAUUCUUCUUUGGCUGACUUCCUGGCUAAACUUCAGACCACCCAGAGUCAGACAGUGUGCGGCCAGCCAAUUAUACAAAACCGGAUUGUGGGGGGAACCCCAGCGUCCGAGGGGCAGUGGCCCUGGCAGGUCCUCGUUCAGUACAUCACUGGAGGCUUUGUGUAUCUCUGUGGAGGCUCGCUGAUUGCAGACAGCUGGGUCCUCUCGGCUGGCCACUGCUUUCCUUCAAAUCACGUCGCUUCUGGUUACACCCUCUACAUGGGCAGAUUCUAUCUUUCCCAGCCCAGCGAAUUUGAGCAGAUCCGCUCUGUCAGGAAGUUCUUUGUGUAUCCGGGUUACCAGUCUGCCGAUCAGGGCAAGGACGUGACACUGGUCCAGCUGAGCUCACCUGUCACCUUCACGGAUUACGUCCUGCCCAUCUGCCUGCCUUCCCCCAGCGUCUCUUUCUCGGAAGGUCUGAUGUGUUGGGUGACUGGCUGGGGAACGACCACAGAAAAUGGUACCAUUUCCCGGACACUGCAGGAGGUCGAGGUGCCCAUCAUCAGCAGGACCACUUGCAGUAGUAUGUACAUGACCGGUGGGGUAGAUGGAACCCUCCCAUCAGAUGUGUUAUGCGCCGGCUAUCCAGCAGGGAUGAAGGACUCCUGUCAGGGUGACUCCGGUGGACCCCUGGUCUGCAAAAUGACUGACACCACCUGGGUGCAGGCUGGCAUUGUGAGCUUUGGACUCGGCUGUGCCCGUCCCGGCAUUCCAGGCGUCUAUGUGCAGGUGACGGACUACAGCCAGUGGAUUCAGAGCAAAGUGCCCCAAGUGCAGCUGUACAACAAGACGGGGAGAAACGUCACAAACUGGGUGGACGGUUGGAUCCUUCUCUGUCUCGCCGUAGUUUUUCUGCAGUUGUUGUUGCCCCAAUAAUUUCGUUUGUCUUUCAUUUUACUUUCCUAAACACUGGAGUCUGAGAAAAGUAAAUCAUAUUUUUAUCCACGAGAGAUUACAUUAUAAUAAAAAUAAUAAUUAACAGUA